AAGACUCGGCGGGGGACGGACAGGUUACCCGAGGUGUCCGCGCGAUUCAGCUCUCUCAAGACCUGUGUUUGCGAGUCAUAACAAGAAGGGACAUUGUCUGUGGGGCUGAAGAGAGUGUAUCAUGUGCUAGAUCUUUCGUGCUGUGAAGAUAUCGAAACUUCUGCAAUGAAGCUGUUGGUGAUAGCUGUGUUGGUGACUGCAUGUGCAGGUCGGCCCGAUGACCUGUCAUGGGACUUCAGUGAAUGGCAGCCAAUCCUUGCCCCAUGCCCGUCAUGCCGCCAGGGCCGUGUCCUUCAGGCUGCUCCCGUUAUACCCAUAAAGUUACCGAAAUCCACGAAGACAGGAGCGGUGAAAGCUUCCCUGGUUCCCCUUCCACAGAGCUCCCCGGCACCAACUUUCCCUCCUGCACGCACUUCCCCUGCUCCGACGUCCAAGCACCAGGGAGGCCGCGUGCAGCUGGUCUAUCUCCCCGAAGGAUCUAUACAGCAGCUGAGUUCAGCAAACGCGGCCCGCAUCAUACCAACAUCCCGAGCCCCUCAAAGAGCAGAAUCCCUAGAAGUUGUUCCUCCUCCUCCCGCUCCUCAAGCCAUCCAGAGCAUUGAGUUUUCAGAUAAGCAGAAGCGUGAUCACGAAGGCAGAAUUGUGCAAGGAGGAGUAAACAAUGCUUUGCCUAUGUCCUUGGUAACUGCCCAGGGGAAGGAGGGAGAUGCAUUAGAGAAGUUGCGUCUCCUGGAGACAGCUUUGUCUACUUCAUCCCAAGAGGCCAACGCAAACCAACAGGAUGGACGUUUACCAAGAGUGUUUAUUGCUCCUUCCCAUGUCCCACCUCCUCCUGGCUAUGUAAAGAUUCCUCUAGUUCCCCAAGGAGGCUCAGGUGCACAAGACCCAAGAGGUGCUGCUCCUCUUCCUCCUACCUUCCUCACUCCCGAUAACCGCAGUCCACCUCCAGGAUUUGUUAAGUUUGACCUUCCUCCUGGUGUAAACCAGCUGUCACAGGAUAUCCCUGUGGUCGUACCAAAUUCUCAGAUCGGGCCAAACUUCCAGCCUGGACGCCCUGUCCCCUCGCCCUUCCCUGGCCUUACCCGACCUGAUGCCUCCAUAAACUUCCAGGCACAAGGAGAACGUGAUGCCAAAGUUCUUGGAACACCCCAAAGCAGGCCACCAAUCCAGACCAUUCCACAGGGAGAAGCAAAGCCGAUCUUCCCAACGACCACUCCCAGACCGAGUCCACUGCCCACCACUAGACCUCCAUUCCAGGCCAAACCUACAGCCCCGCAGCCACAGCCAUUCCCUCCUCGCCAGCCAUUACCUUUCCCCCAGCAGUUCCCCCCAAAUCCUAAUCAGCCACGUCCUUUCAACUCUGUACCAGGCCAACCAUCCUUUACUGGAUUCCCUGGACAGCCAUUCCCUCAAACAAGCCAACUCUUCCCUCAAUCUGGUCAGCCAUUCAUUCAACCAGGUCAACCAAUCUCACGUCCUGGCCAGUUUCCCCCUCGCCCUAAUCAACCUUUCCCACAAGCUGGUCAGCCAUUCCCACUGGCUGGGCAACCAUUUAGACAACCAGUACAGCCCUUCCCCCAGGCUGGCCAACCUUUCCCACGCCCUGGGCAGCCUUUCCCACAACCUGGUCAACCUUUCCCACAACCUGGUCAACCUUUCCCACAACCUGGGCAACCAGUCAUUCAGCCAGGACAACCGAUUCUUCCACAACAUUCAAACCAGAACCAAACUAUCUUUAGAGAACAACCCAUCAGGCCUGAUUUCCCUACAAUCAAUGGCUUUCAACCAAACUUCCCGGCCAUUUUCCCACCAAAUCCCUUCCAGCCUCGGAUACCCCAACAGCCUUCUCCACGGCCGCCAACACAGCCGUCGCCUCGACCAGCACAAAACACCCCACGACCACCUGUCCGUCCAGAAAGACCCAGUCCAUCACCUUUCCCUACUACGACCACGGAAGCUCCUACAACAUUCCGUCAAACCACACCUAAAUCUGUUUUAGGGACGACUCCCCGGCCCCAGCUAGUAUCUCAGACAUCAUCAAGACCUUUCCCUGAUCCUUUCCGUUCGCCGAGACCAACACCAUCUUCGUCCCCUCGACCUACACCAAGGCCAGUUGUAACCACUCCAAGACCAACACUAAUCACGUCACCAACAACUCCAUCCUCUCCCUCCACGCCCUUCUCUCUGUCUUCAUCAAGACCCUUUGAUAUCACACCAGCUCCUCAGCUGACCCCUAGGCCAUUACCUUCAGUGCCCGAAUCUUCCCCAAGACCUUUCGAUUCCUCCCCAAGACCUUUUGUUUCCUCUCUAGGAUCUUUUGAUUCCUCCCCACGACCUUUUGAUUCCUCCCCAAGACCUUUUGAUUCCUCCCCAAGACCUUUUGAUUCCUCCCCAAGACCUUUUGAUUCCUCCCCAGGACCUUUUGAUUCCUCCCCAAGACCUUUUGAUUCCUCUCCAGGACCUUUUGAGUCCUCCCCAAGACCUCUUGAUCCCUCCCCAAGACCUUUUAAUUCAUUCUCAAGACCUCCUCCUCCAGGACCUUUCUCACCUUUCACCACGAGGCCUCUCCCUUCCCCGUCGCCUUUCCUCCCUGCAGCAUCAUUUCCACGAAUUCCAGGUUUCCAAGAGCCUGAGUCACCCCAAAUUCCUUCGCUCCUUCGACCGCAAAGUCCUCCAACCCCAUUCUUUUCGACAUCCCCCAACCCAGAGAGCCAAUUCUCCCAAGGAACUCCAGCACCUGAAAUUUUGCCCCAAAAUUCACUUUUCCAAGAAGCACAAGUUCCUGAAGCUGAAGGAUUCCAAGAAUCUUCAACUCCAAGCAUCCCAUCUUUCCAGAGCACUCCAGCUCCAAGAAUACCAUUAUUCCAAGGGACUUCUACACCUAACUUCCCAUCCUUCCAGUCAACAGGAGCACCUCAGAUUCCAUCCUUCCAGGCUACAGGGGCACCCCAGAAUCCAUCUUUCCAGACAACAAGUGCAGCUCAGCUUCCAUCCUUCCAAGGCACUCCAGCUCCUAGAAUCCCAUCUUUCCAAGGAACAGCAACACCUGAAAUCCCAGCUUUCCAGACAACUGGAGCACCUCAAAGAACAACAGUCCAGGAAAGACCUAGGAGACCUAAAUUCCCAUCCUUCCAGAGACCAAGGAUUACAACUGCUUCCCCUGUAGAAGAUCUGACAACCAUCCCAGAUGAAAAUGAAUUUUUGACACCAGCACCCACAACUUUCACAACCCCAACGCCACCAACUACAACCACUAUCAAGGUUACUACAUUCAAACCCAGAUUUAACUUUAAUGUUGGCAGUAGACGGCCAUUCAUUAGAAGGAAGCCUCGACCAACUCCUGUAAAUGACGAAAAGAAGGACAAUGAGGAGAAAAAGGCUGAUGGUCUCAAGAAAACUGAAACUGCCACUCUUUUCCCACCUUUCUCAGUCGCCCGCACUCUUAACCCACUUCGAAAAGAAGAAGAAAAUGCUGGAGAUAGUUCCUCUGCUGGUCAAGGAAUCACAGUUCCACCAUCAGGAGUUUUCGGAAGACGUCUUCGUCCCCGCACAAGGAAACCCUCUACUCAGUCUGAGGGAGAUUCUGACUCACCAGUCAGCACACCAGCCUUAAGAAACCAUGAUAGCCCUAGUGCAAGAACCCGCCAGUUGCCAGCAUGGUUGAAGUCUCGACGUCGUCUGCGUGGACGCUUCCGCAGCACCACAACAACUGAGCCUUCAGCACAGGAUAAUGAUUACAUUGAUGAUACUCCAGUUGACGUACUAGACGAUAAUGGAUUUAGUGGAGCCGAGUCGACAUUAGUGGUUUUCAGCCGUCCACCUCAAAAUGAGGUUGGAGAACAUUUUAUUCCUGAAGAUGCAGUCAAAACUCUUGCAGAAGAAGCUGAAGCUCUCAAGAAUGAGGAGGUUGAAGAAGCUUUAAUAGCUGCUGAGGAGGCUGUUCUAAGUUACGCAGAGGAAGUUGAUGCAGAGUCUAAUCGUGAAGACGCCAUACACAACCUUGAAGAAAACGCGAAAAUAACAGAGACUGACGGUGAGGAACCACUGCCAGAACCAGAAGCAGAACCUCAUGAACCACAAGCAUCAUACGAGGACUACAAUGCUGAGACGACGGAUGUGGCUCCCGAACCGGAACCCGAACCAGAGCACCAAACAGAGCGAAUCACAGAACUACGACUACUAUGAAUACGACCACUACGCUGAUGUGGACUACACGGAAGGAGUGGACCAGCGUUUCAGCGGCAGCAACGCGCAUGUGAUCUUCGCUGUGCCCGUCACUGAGUACAUUCCAGAAGACACAACACAGAUAAACCUGGAUGAGGAAGCCACAGAAGAGG